UUUAUUUUUCAGAUUGAAUUGUGCAGAUUUAACCGUAUUUUUUUUUUCAAGAGUAAUUUUCGCUAGGACUAAAAGUUAACAUUGUUGAUAAACAAUUCUGCACGAUUUCCUUGAAAAUGGACACAUCGAUGCAUCCUUUUCGUUUAGCUGAUGCUUUGAACACUUGGAGGCCAGAUUAUGUUGUAAGAUCAUUUCUCCCUCACAUCAACAUUGUCCGACAGCCGGUAUUUAGUGCCAGGCUGGGCAGCUACGGCAGGCUUAAACGCGUAGACAGUCUGGACUCCAUCAUUACAAAUCUGUCCCUCUUAAGCUGUUCCAGCUACGGAAAGCGAACACCUCCGAGCCCUAAGCUUCGCAGACGCGGAAGGCGAAAACCAAAGAAGUCAGCGGAUCAAGGCAUGGAAAGUAUUUGGGUACGGUUGGCCAGCAAACGCGGAGGAAUAUGGAACAAAAUGUUUCAGAAUAACGCCAUGCACGCGCACGUUGAUAGUGAGACAGAAAUAUUCAAAUGUUUAUCUGAGGAAGAGAAGCAUUUAGUCGUAGGUGCUGGGAUGAAAAGAAGUGUCUGUCUCAAAAGAUGCCCAAGCGAGACUCGUCUGACGAAAUGUUCACGUACAAUUAAAUCACGACACCACUCAGCAUCUGGUAGGCUGGACUGCACAAUGGUAACACUUUCGCACAGUUUAAAAACAAUUAUAAAUCUUCAGAAACAACCACACUCGCACACACAAUCAGAGGCUGCAGACACUAACACAGAACGUCAUAACGAAUCCGUUUGGCACGAAGACUCUCGAAAUUUGGAUCUGGAUGAAAAACAUGAAUUAACUGUCAAAGUCAAGAAUGAGCUUAGGGCAACGACAUCUGCUCUAAGGAAAGUGACCGGAUACGGCGAGGGAUUUUCGUUUCGACCUUUUCUUCGUCCACUAGAGGACUAUCCGCAUCUAGUUGCGGAUGACUACAGCCGUACUGCCAAGUUUCCCCAUGUCAUGCGAAUAUCUCCCCACCUAAGCAAAGUCAUUGUCCACGACAUGGCCGUUCGCAUGGGAAUGCCGCGUUACCACGAGAUUCGAGUGCAGGACAUGAAUAGAUGGAACAGUGGACACGCUCUUGAUAGGGCACAUCGGAAUUUAAAAGUAUUCAACUGGCUGCAUAGUCUGAAAGAAUGGGAGUUUGACAUUCCUAGUGUCGACACAGAGGAAUUCAAGAUGGACGUCGCAGUGGUUGACGAGAUAAUAGAGUCCGUGGACGAUUCUGUCACUAAGCUUGCAACUCUAGACUAAAGCUGACAAAAUAACUUCAAAAAUCAAACUGAACAGAUGUCUCCCAAUAUGCACAGAAAGUUUGCUUAUCACAAGGAGUCUGCUUGAAACACUGCUUGCAGGGACGGCCUUAGACAAAGGCAAACUAGGCAGCCGCCUUCGUCCUCCAAUUUCCUUAGAUCGGCCUUGAUGAUUGGUACCCACAUAAUUGUAUCUCACUGACUGACCAUAAAAAAUGAGAUGGCAAAGUACUGAGCGUCGAAUACAUAAAAAAACAAAACAACAUAGUUUCGACUUAUUUUCUACUAAAACCUUGCACCCAAAGUUGAUCAUAUAAAUGAUAACACAUCUAGUCGUUUUGUAAGUAAUUGAUAAACAGUAAUCUAAGAAGAAAAUCAGAAUGUUAGGUUGAAUUCAGGUUUACAAUCAAUCAAAAUGCAUGUAUCAUAUUUAUCAAACAAAUUUCACCAGAUUUUAUUUAUUUAUUGAGAUCCCCCACCUUUUUGUUUUUGUUACCAAAUGCACUCAAGCAUUAAUUGAUCUAUUUUGCUGUUCCAUGAAAAUCGAUAAGGCUCGUGUAUUAUAAAGAAAACACACUCGGACUGUGUCAAAACAAAAAGAGCAAACAGCAUCAUUUGUUCCCGGAAGUCCUCUGGAAAUAUGAUUACCGUCAGGAAAUUCAUGACCAUAUUAGCCUAGCCUAUAUUACAAGAAGGGUGUUUUGGGUAGAGCGUAGAGGUGUUUAUCUUUUUACAAAACUUAUAUAAACUCACUCUGCCUGUCUGGUAAAAAGUGUUAUUUCUCCACACACCCAAUCUCUGAUCAAGCUGAAAUUUUACACAAUUAAUUUUUUUUUUGGUAUCUCGAACGAGGGAAAGAAAUUGUACUUGACUGAAGUGGUGAUAUUAGCUGAAUUAGUCCCCUUUAUAGGUCGCCGCUUUAAAGUAAAAAAUACAUAACUAUAAAUCUUUUAUUAUCAUAAUCACCUGACUAGCAGAGUGGUUAGUAUGUAGUAUUAGCUAAAAGCAUGAAAUAGUGCUAAACAAAAAUAAUUGGUAAAAAUAUUUCAAAUCGCACAGAUGUAUUAUUGUUGUUCGACACCUGUUUCAAAUUUAAUGACAUGACAGAUCCAAACUAAUUGAUACAAUUACACUUGUUGUUGUUGCUUUUUAAAGUAUUCUUUGUUCGUUUUCUUGUUGUUUAUUGUGCUGUACGGGUAUUCAGAUUUGAAGUAUGCUCACUCAAGUCAGACAGUGCCACAUGAUUUCAUUGGUAACGCUAGCAUAAAGGAGUGUGCGUGUAUAUUAAAGCUCAUCUUAUCUAACUGAGUUGGGCUUUCUAAGGGCAGAAUACAGUGUUGCCAGAAAACUCAAGCCUGGCAACGCGGGAAAACUAUUGCGGAGUCACGAGGAGAGGAAACAAUUAGAAAGUAAGAAAAGACAACUCAAGCCACUCUCAAGGGAGACAAUCACGAAUCGUCAUUCCGGCCCUUUCUGCUAAUCCUGAAUAGAAGUCAAAUCACAAAGAAAAAAUCGGCCUCAUGAGCGAGACUACUAUUUGGGAACACGUUGAUUAUGUACAGAGGCGUAGCUAGGGUGGAGGGAGGGAGUGGGAGAAUUUGAACCUCCCCCCCCCGGGGCCUCCACUUGAGGGGGGCCCUAAAUGAGUGUUUUUUAACAUUAAAUAUUAUGCAAAAUGCAGGGGCUCCAAAAGAGGUCAAGCUUUUCCCCC